UUAAUGCAGUGGGAGCAGCCCCUGCCCCCAAAUCCCCAGGACAGGAACCAUUCCCAGUUUCUCUUGGCGCUGGGCCAGGGUCUUCUCCAGGCUCACAUGUUUGCUGGAGGCUCCAGGCAGGGGUGGUGGGGGGUGGAUCUGUAGGGUCCCCUUGUCCUUGCCUGACCAGGACAGUGUCCAGUGGCAUGAGUUGCCAUGGGCACUGCCAUCUGCUUGCAUGUGGGUACCCUUUGGAGGGGCCCAGGGUGAGCAGCUGCCCCAAAGGCCCAGCCUGCCCUGAGCCUUGAGGUCGGCUGGUCGGCUUUCCCUGCCUUUUUCCCCCGGAGCCAGGCCAGAGGGGGGCUCCCAGAGGAGCUCUCGGCUCUAAGUCCCAGCCCCUCUCAGAGGAGGCGUGCGGCCGGCCGAGGUUCUGCAGCCAGAGGCUUCUCAGCUCAGAGCUCCGGAGCCAGAUGUAACAUUGACCUUAAAUGGUAAAAGCUCCCCAGAGUGAAGGGAGGCUGGCCAGAGGAGGAAAGGAGAAUAACUCAGUUUUAGGUUUAAGUGAUUCUCAUGCCUCAGCCUCCCAAGUAGCUGGGACUACAGCCUGUGGAGCCCAGGCCUCUUGGAGCAUCUUUGGGGCUGACACAGCGGAGGUUCCGGGCACACGUGGCCACUCCCAGCAGGAGGCUGCCAUGCCCCACAUUCCCGAGGACGAGGAGCCCCCCGGAGAGCCACAGACAGCCCAGAGCCCUGCCGGCCAAGAUCCUCCUACCGCAGGAAUAUCUUGCAGUCCAACCCCCACGAUUGUCCUGACUGGGGAUGCCACUUCACCAGAAGGAGAAACGGACAAAAACCUGGCCAACAGAGUUCACAGUCCCCACAAGAGGCUUUCUCACCGACACUUGAAGGUUUCCACUGCCUCCCUGACAUCUGUGGACCCUGCGGGGCACAUCAUUGACCUCGUGAAUGACCAGCUGCCAGACAUCAGCAUCUCAGAGGAGGACAAGAAGAAAAACCUGGCGCUGCUAGAAGAAGCCAAGUUGGUGAGUGAGCGAUUCCUGACCCGCCGUGGGAGGAAGUCCAGGAGCAGCCCCGGAGACUCCCCGUCAGCUAUUUCCCCGAACCUCAGCCCCAGCGCUUCUCCUACACCCUCCCGGAGCAACUCGCUGACAGUCCCCACCCCGCCAGGUUUGGAUGUGUGCAGUGGCCUGCUGUCCCCUCUGCCUGGACCGCCACCACAGCAGAAGGGGGAUGAGGCCGACGUCUCUUCACCUCACCAUGGCGAGCCUAAUGUCCCCAAAGGGCUAGCUGACAGGAAGCAGAAUGACCAGAGGAAAGUGUCUCAGGGUAGGCUGUCUCCUCGUCCUCCUCCAGUUGAGAAGCUCAAAGAGAUUGCAAUAGAACAAAAGGAAAACUUUGAUCCCCUCCAGUACCCCGAGACCACACCCAAAGGCCUAGCUCCGGUCACAAACAGCAGUGGGAAAAUGGCCCUGAAUAGCCCUCAGCCUGGCCCCGUGGAGAGUGAGCUGGGGAAGCAGCUCUCGAAGACGGCCUGGGAGGACAGCCCUCUACCGAGAAGUCCAACCCAGGAUGCAGGAGGAGUAGCUCCCCCAGACCCCCAGGGGAGAGGCCCUGCUGGAGAGCCAAUGGGUCCCAAGGCUGGCUCCAAACCUGAGCUCCCACCCACUGUGUCCCGGCCCCCGCUGCUGCGAGGGGUCUCCUGGGACAGUGGCCCUGAAGAACCUGGCCCCCGGCUGCAGAAAGUGCUUGCCAAGCUGCCACUGGCAGAGGAAGAAAAGCGUUUUGCAGGCAAAGCCGGCGGCAAGCUGGCCAAGGCCCCUGGACUCAAAGACUUUCAGAUACAAGUGCAGCCCGUGCGGAUGCAGAAACUGACCAAACUCCGAGAGGAGCACAUCCUGAUGAGAAAUCAGAACUUAGUGGGCCUCAAGCUUCCAGACCUUAGUGAAGCAGCCGAGCAGGAAAAAGGGCUUCCUUCUGAACUCUCCCCAGCUAUUGAGGAAGAAGAGUCAAAGAGUGGCUUAGACGUCAUGCCUAAUAUUUCUGAUGUGCUGCUGCGCAAACUGCGGAUCCACAAGAGUCUCCCUGGAAGUGCCCCUCCACUCACUGAAAAGGAAGUUGAGAACGUGUUUGUACAACUGUCCUUGGCCUUUAGAAAUGACAGCUACACCCUGGAAUCUAGAAUUAACCAGGCUGAAAGGGAACGCAACCUGACAGAGGAGAACACCGAGAAGGAACUGGAAAACUUCAAGGCUUCCAUUACGUCCUCAGCUUCACUCUGGCACCACUGUGAGCACCGGGAGACCUACCAGAAGUUGCUGGAGGACAUUGCUGUCCUGCACCGCCUGGCUGCCCGCCUCUCCAGCCGAGCUGAGGUGGUGGGUGCCGUCCGCCAGGAAAAGCGCAUGUCGAAAGCAACAGAAGUGAUGAUGCAGUAUGUGGAGAAUCUAAAGAGGACAUAUGAGAAGGACCAUGCGGAGCUCAUGGAGUUUAAAAAGCUUGCAAAUCAGAAUUCAAGCCGCAGCUGUGGCCCCUCUGAAGACGGGGUCCCUCGCACGGCACGGUCCAUGUCCCUCACACUGGGAAAGAAUAUGCCUCGCCGGAGGGUCAGUGUUGCCGUGGUUCCCAAGUUUAAUGCCCUUAAUCUGCCUGGCCAAACUCCCAGCUCAUCACCCAUCCCCUCCUUACCAGCCUUGUCAGAACCACUCAAUGGGAGAGGCAACCUACCUGUCACUUCAGCACUGCCUGCACUUUUGGAAAAUGGAAAGACAAAUGGGGACCCAGAUUGUGAAGUCUCUGCUCCUGCGCUGACCCUCAGCUGCCUGGAGGAGCUUAGUCAGGAGACCAAGGCCAGGAUAAAGGAAGAAGCCUUCAGCAAGGGAUUCCAAGAAGGUCUAAAGAAGAACAAAGAACUUCAAGACCUGAAGGAGGAGGAGGAAGAACAGAAGGGUGAGAGUCCUGAGGAACCUGAAGAGGUAGAAGAAACUGAGGAAGAGGAAAAGGGCCCAAGAAGCAGCAAACUUGAAGAAUUGGUCCAUUUCUUACAAGUCAUGUAUCCCAAACUGUGUCAGCACUGGCAAGUGAUCUGGAUGAUGGCUGCAGUGAUGCUGGUCUUGACUGUUGUCCUAGGGCUCUACAAUUCCUAUAACUCUUGUGCAGAGCAGGCUGAUGGGCCCGUUGGACGAUCCACUUGCUCAGCAGGCCAGAGGGACUCCUGGUGGAGCUCAGGACUCCAGCAUGAGCAGCCUACAGAGCAGUAGGAAACCUCACACCUAGCCAGUGCCCUGCUCUGAGACACUCAGACUACCACCCUUUCCCCAAGUAUAAUGUCAGGCCCAGGUGUGGACAUGCUGCCACCCAUCCCAUCAGGUCGUGAGGAAGGGUUUCUUUAACACUCGGCACUUCUGUGGGAGCUAUUGAUACACAGUGAGUUGCUAUUCUUGGAGGAUCAACGAAACUGCCCUGGGAAAGCAUCCAGUGGAUAAAGAAGUCACCUUCACCAAGGAACUCUAUUGGAAGGGAAGGUCUCCUGCCCCUAGCUCAAAUGGCUGGGGAGAACUAAAACAUCUUCACUGGUGGUUGGGGGUAGGGAGCGGGGCACAGGGAAGAAGGAGGCAGGGGGCAGUAAAAAGCUUACUCUCUUUUUUCCUCUCUGUAAUUGGUUAUCAGGGAGAAUUUGCUUAAUGACUAAUACCCUAAGGAUCAGACCUGGAAUUUGGAGUUGCAAAAUGACUAUCAUUCCCAUUUCCCAUCUCAUUUUCAAUUUCUUCAGCCUCCCAUCCUCUCCUUUGGAAUGAGAGUUUCUUUUUACAGAAGUAGUAAAGGCUUCUUAGAAAAAAAAAAGUAUAAGCUGAAUUUAGCUCAGUGCUUGAAAUGGGAAGAUAUGAAUUAUUAUAUAUGCAUCUGUCCACACACACAGUUGUGUAUACACAUACAUACAACGUGCAUGUGCACAGAGCCAACAACCCUUCAAAAGCGUGCUCUGGGUGUAUGCCUCUGGAUAAAUAAGAUGCAUGCCAACCCAACCCACCCACAGAUUUUUACUAGGCAUGGGGCAGUCACCAGGCACCUGCUCAGUGAGCUGUCCACAUGGAUUGAAGAUGUCUGAAAAACACUGAAAACUUAUGGCUUCAAUGGCAGACUUACUAGUCUGCAUUUCAAAUGCUGACUCUGAGCUGCUGUACAGCACCAUCUAUUCCCUAUUAUCUCUUUGAAAACAGUUAACCCACCUCACGGGCGAAUGAGGAGAGAAGAUGUGCUUUCUGCUUCAGUCUCUUAUCGUGUGUGUGACCACAUGCAAGGGUAAACUUGCAUUUUAGUGCUUCAGUUCCAACAGGAUUUCCAACCUAAGUAUAAUUGGGGAUGUUUCAGAGCAUCACCAGUUAUUUAGCACAAAACUGAAGGAGCACUUCCCCUCUCCAUUUUGACUUCUCUCCCCACUUUUAUAGCCACUGCCUUCAUUCAGCCCUCAUCAGUUUUGUAGGGAUGUUGAUUUCCAUGUGGGUUUUGUUGUCAUUGUUUUGCAUUUUUGUUUUGUUAUUGAUAUUGUUUGCUUUCAUUGCUAAAACUCAUAUACAACUUACUAUGAGCCAAGUGCUGUUCUCAGUAUUAUGUAGGUGUUAAUUCAUUUACGUCCUGAAGAAAAAGAAAAAAUAUAUGAAGUGGAUACCACCCUUCCCAUUUUCAAAUAAGGAAGCUGAAGCACAAAAAGAACAAAUAACUUGACAAGCGCACCCAGCUAGUAAAUCAUGGGGCUGGAACUCAACCCCAGGGUAGACUGGCCCCAGAGCUGUGCUGUCCUUGACUCUUCGAUGGUCUCCUAGCUGGAAGCCUCACAUUCCAGUCUCACUCCCCCAAGCGGCUCAUCAGCUCCAUCUCUGGCUCCCAAACUAAAGUUUCUCUCGUAGCUCUGGGCCUUCACUCACUGGUUUUUCGCCAGCUGUUCUUCCCUUUUCUUUAGGUCACUCUUCUUGACCAAGUACAAAAAUUAUCCCUCCACCAGCUUUGAUGACCUUCCUUCCAUACUCCUCACCAGACACAGCAUAAUAGGUCACACCUUCCUCUGUGUUUUCUGGCACUUUUUAAACAUUUUUAUUAUUGACCUUUACCUAUAAUAUAUCACAGCCUAUUUAUGUAUCUGUCUCCGCUAGCAUUUUUCCUCAAAGACAAGAACCAUGUCUUACCCAUCUCUUGGGUAAGUGCUAGCAUGGUGGCUGACGCUUGGGAGGGUGUAAUUAAAUGUUGGUUAAAAGAACAAGCAAACAUUCAAGGUGGUGGAGAGCACCUGGGGACAGCUGACAUACUACAUGCUUCCCAGUACCAGCACCAUCACCACAUCACAAUGCCAAAAGCAACAUCUUUCUUAACCUCAGCUUAUUCUGUUUCUCAGUCUCCUCUGUGAGAGAGCAGGAAUGAGACCAGACUAGCAACACCAUUUCCAAGCUCAAGGACUAGGCUCCAUACAGUCAAACCUUCAGAGAGACCCCCCCCUCACCCCAAGCAUGCCCCACUUUAAAACAGCAUGUUUAUUGAAGGGGCAUCCUUUACAGUAGCUAGAAAAUGACUGAGAGAGGCCCAAGCCAGGGUUGAUCAAGGAUGUGCCAUUAAGGUAAAGAGUUACAGAGCAGGGCAGAGAGACUUUGGGGCCAUGAGUGGAUGGUUUGUCCAGCUCUUCCAGGGGUUCUGGAUAAAACUGAAGGAGCUUUAGCUACAUGAGGCCCUCAGAGCCAAAGACAGGAUGCAAAUGGAGUUCCAGAGAGUGGCCGUGGAAGCAGGACUCCAGGUGGGGAAUGUUCAAUCUCUGCCUCCCUUAAAGAAGGGCCAGGCUCAGCUGACCCAUUGUUCACUUGGUCACAAGUUUCCUGCCUUCAUUUCUGGAUGAGUCAAAGGCCACGAAAGCAGGUGUAGAGAACUCCUGCACCUUCAGCUGCCCCACAGAAAAGCCUGCAAGAGUACUACCAGGCACAGGCUCUCUCACACCCUACUCCAUUUGUAAGCAAGGGAGGUCAAGGAAAAGGGCGUCUCCAAAAGGGAGCAUAAGAGUAGCCACAUGUACAAGGGCAUAGCUGAAAAAGUACUCAUGGGUCUAACUUUUCUGGAAAGCAAAGACCAACCUGGAGCAGUGGGAGUUGCUGCCCAAGCGGUAGUGAACUGGAGAGAACAGGCCCUGGAUUUCCAAUGACGAUGUGAAUCUGAAAGAAAAGUCCCCCAAAUGCCUCUGAAGUCUCACAUCUCUGCUUAGCCCUAGGAGUCUGGUUCCCUGCCUUCAGUUGCAGAGUGAUGUGUUUGUGUCAUUGUUGACGUCACCUCCUAAAAAGACCUUCACUUUCUGGCUACCACAAAGCCAUAUGUGUUGCUCCCAUGUACAGCCUGAUAGGGUAAAUGGAAAGGGAGUGCUGGAUUUGUAUAUCACUGGCUGUCAGUUCCUCAUGUUGUUAAGCCUCACACAGGUGUGCUAGCAUUGAACUGUAGAGUGUCACAUACCUGAGUUUGAAAAUAAAAGCACAUUUCCAAACCUC